UAUAGUAGCAAGCAAGCAAGUAACAACUCCCAAUGCACAUUAUCGGAAAAUGCAGCUCCACCAUUUUUGUUAUCUCUCUGCAUAAUCUGAGCCCUAGCUCAAAUUUUGAAGAUAAAGUUGAGGCCAAUGAUGGUAAUUCUUCAGAAGCACCUGUGAAAUUGGAUCCACACAUAGAAAAGCACAAAGCAAUAAUGGUGGUGUCCAAGAAAGUUCUUGAAACACAACUGCUAGAAUAUGGGAAUAAGCUUGUGGAACCUCCGUUGUUCGUCGAUGAACUCAUUCCUCUUCUCGACAGAGUUGAGUAUUGUCUAUCAAAGGUUCUGCAGUCUCCUUCUGAAUCAAUGAAAAAUGCACUUUCUCCGUCAUUAAAAGCAUUGGUUGAUGAAAAACUUUUAGGACAUUCAAAUGUUGAUGUCAAAGUUGCAGUUGCAUCUUGCAUCAGUGAGAUAACGAGAAUUACUGCACCUGAUGUUCCUUACAAUGAUGUCCAGAUGAAGGCGGUCUUCCAGCUUAUUGUGUCAUCAUUUGAAAAUUUGUGUGACAAGUCAAGCCGAUCAUACACAAAAAGAAUCUCAAUUCUUGAAACUGUUGCAAAGCUCAGGUCUUGUGUCGUGAUGUUGGAUUUUGAGUGUGAUGCAUUGAUCGUGGAGAUGUUCCAGCAUUUUCUAAAGGCGAUUAGGGACUAUCAUCCACAGAAUGUUUUUUCAUCCAUGGAGACAAUAAUGACUCUUGUUUUAGAAGAAAGUGAAGUAAUUCCAACUGAGCUUCUCAGCCCUAUACUAGAUUCUGUGAAAAUUGGCAACAAAGAUGUUUUGCCCAUUGCUCGGAAAUUGGGAGAGAGAGUUCUUGAAAUAUGUGCUGCCAAGCUUAAGCCUUACUUGGUACAAGCUGUAAAGGACCUGGGUGUUUCAUUAGAUGACUACAGUAAAAUUGUAUCUACCAUAUGCCAAGAUGCUGAUGAUGGUAAUGUUGAGCAGAAUAAAGUCCAAGCUUCUGAUGAGAAUAUGGCUGUUGAGAACAGGUCGAGGAAGCCACCCUUGGAUAACGGAUCCCAGUUUCUUAUGCAGGAGGAUAAAGCGGGAAUCCCAGAAGCAGCGUCAUUAGAACAAGCUCAACUUGCUAUGGAUAGAUCUCCUCAGUCUGCAAUGAGUAAUGGUAUCACCAAGACUGCAAGAGAUGACUCUUUGGCUGAUUUUAGCUCCCUGAAGAAGCAAGAGGAUGAUCAGAAAACCGAGAGUACCGAGGAUUUGGAUGCACCAAACAAUGUUGAUCCUGAUACUUUGAACACUGAGAAGGCAGCAGCAGAUACAGAAUCAAAGCUAGAGCAGAGCAAUAAGAAUGUUGGGGGAAAUACUAGUUUGUCUGCAAACUCUACUCCUUCUGAAAGUCCUCAUAUUUUAAAUGAGAAGGAAAGUGCUGAUAAUGAGAAGAAAAUGCAGAUGAUGAGAAGAAAACUUCGAAAAAUGAAGAGAAAAGUGCGGAUAAUGAGAAGAAAAGCGCAGAAAAUUAGAAGGAAAGUUCAGAAAAUGAGGAGGGAAAUGCAGACAAUGGAAAGUUCAAAUAUGGUCCUUAUAUAUUUCAUUUCUUCCUGGGUUCUUUUGUUGUUUCUGUGUUUCACUAAUAUAUUUCAUUUUUAGUCCAAUUACUUUUUUGUAAUUGGAAGUAUUUUAACUGCUUUUGGAUGUUUGACAUCGAUAAUUUGGAGGGUUUGAAGCACUGGAAUGAUUAAUAUUUAAUGGCCGAUUAUUUUACUUUCAUGGUUAUGAAUUUUAGUUCUAAGAGGUAUUGUGUGCUGGCUCAAGAUCAAGAUACUUAUUUGUAAGAAAUUUGUCUUUUAUUUUUAUUUGAUAGCAAGGGAUUUUUGGGCA